ACAGACUGUGUUCCCAAUGGCUGGGCUCUUUAUCGUUUCUCGAUUCUCAAGAUCGCAUCAAAGCGCCUGCGUGUUGAUGAUAUUUUUUUUCCUCUCUCUUUCUCUCUUUCUAAAAUUAUAUCUAUUAUUAUUAUUUUUUUACUAUUAUUGUUAUUAUAUUAAUAUUACAACACCAAGUCACCAACAUACAUGUGUGUAUUGUGUUUGUCCCUGUGCCGCAAAUAGAUACUUUUAUUUGUUUUUCUCUCUAACAAUUUUCCUAAAUUCUACUCGAAUUUAUUACUCCAAAAAACUUAAAAAUUUAAAUAUAUUUAUGUUUUGUUAUUGAAAUAGUGUGACACUUGCCAAAUAAUAUUUUUUAUUGACACCUGUUAAACACAACAACAACAACAACAAGAUUAACUUUACUGAAAUUGUUUUUUAAUUUUUUUUUUUUUUUUCUUAUUUUACUCUUUUUUUUUUUUAUCUGUGUUUAUGCAGCUGCAAGGGAAUAAUUUGCUACAAAAAUUGUGGAACUUCAAAUGGAGCGAGUGCUAAAAGCAGUCCCAGUGGAUCUGCGAAUCAAAAUGGAGGCACUGGUGCAUGACUUGACUGUGGCUCUGGAAGAGAGCAGUAAUUCAACAAAUCACCGGAGACGAUGGCCCUUGAGACGACGUACUCGUUCAACUGGCAACAUUCGUAAGUCAUCAUUAAGUGCAACAAAACAUUCUGAUGAUAGUUCAUCAUCAAUAUGUGAUAUUAAAAAACCAGUAGCUGUUAUGAAAUAUCAAUCAGACAGUGAUGAUACAAAUCGUACAAAACGUUUUGCAAGAUUUUCAAAUUUAAAUAACAUAAGUAAUAUUGAAAGUGAUUCUGUUAAUGAAAAUUUUAUACCACGUACAAAUACUAAAAGAAAAAGAAAAUUUAAAAAAAUGGCUAUUGAUUCAGAUUCAAAUUUAUCAAAUCCAUCAUCAUCACAAACUCUCACAACAACAAUAAUAACAAAUUCAAUUGGUAAAAAAAAACGUUUAUAUCGUACAAAUUGUGAAACACGUUAUGGUACAAUAUGGUGUGGUAAACGUAAAAGAUCAUGUCGUGAAAAAUCAAUUGACAAUGAUUUAACAAAUAUUAAAACAUCAUCAUCACCACUACCAACAACAACAACAACCACAACUACAACAUCACCAUCAACAACAUCAUCAAGACAAUCGAAAAAUAAAAAUCGUGUUAAAAUACAAAAUCAAGAUGCAAUGGAUUGUUCAAUAAUAUCAAAUUCAAGUAUAUCAUCAAGUGAUACUGAUGAUGGUAUUAUAACAAAUGAUGAAGAUCGUGAAGGUGAUGAUGAACAAUCAGAUUGGUUUGUUGAAUCAAGCUGGUGGGAUGAUGAAAGUGGUACAGAUGAAAAAAUAACAAAUGAUCAAACAUUUCAAGCAAUAUUACACAAUAGUUUUGAACAUUUAACUGAUGAUGCAAGAAGAAAUUAUCGUCAAAGAUUACAAUGGAGUCGUGAUGGACGUGAAAUACGUGCUGGACGUCGUCAUGUUGAUAAUAAACCUGGUUUUUCAAUAAUAACAUCAGCAAAUGAAAAAGUAUCAAGAUUUUUACAGGAUCCAUCACAAAGUGAAUUACGUCUUCAUGCAAUGAGACAACCAGAACGUGAAAAGUUACGUAGAUUAGCAACAUUAUAUAGUUUAAAUUUAAAAGGUGAUUUAAAUUGUCCAGUACUAUAUAAAACAAGACACACAACACAAGCAAUAUGUGUUGAUCAAGUAUCAUUAAAUAGAUUAACUGAUUAUAAAAGAUUACGUAAAACACCACCAUUUACAAAUAAUUUUACUGAUUCAAGUGGUUCUAAUUUACAAAGUACACGUUUUACAGCACAUAUGGCUAAUCAAACACAAGGUACAACUAUUGGAUCAAUGCAAAAUCUUGUUGAACCAAUGACAUUUGAUUGGUGCAACAUGGAAUCUGAUAAUUCAAGAAUUAAAUUUGAUGGAAAUAUGGGACAUUCGAAAUCAAGCUGAACAAUCUUUUUCUUUUCAAUUUUAAAUAUUAUAUAUAUGUAUACACUAGCUAGCUAGAUAAAAAGUAGAACUUUUUUUUUAGUUUAAUACCAAUGUUUUUAUAAUAAUAAUAACUAUGAUAAAUUAUUUUAAAAAAAAAUUAUUUUUUUCUUUUUCUUUUCGUUGAUUUUUUGAUAAGAUGUAAUUUAAAAUUAAAUUUUUUUGUAGAAUUAUUAAUAAAUAAUAACAAUGCAUAUUAAAAAUACAAUAAA